CUCAGAAUAUUCAGGUCGUGUGCAGUACAGUUCUAAUAACAAGGACUGCACUCUGAGAAUCUCAGACCUGAGAGAGAGAGACUCAGCUGUGUACAAGUUCAUGUUCACAACAAACCAAGAAGGUGGAAGAUAUACCGGUUCACCUGGAGUCACUUUGUCUGUCACAGCAGGUCUCCAGGUGAUAUCACAUUCUAACUGGCUGGAGUGUCGGAGCAGUUGUCGUCUACCUAAUAAUCCUUCCUAUGUCUGGUACAAGAAUGGACAGGAAAUUCAGGCAAAAACAUCUUAUUAUUUAUACCCUGUGUAUAAUUCAGACAGCUAUUCCUGUGCUCUUCAAGGAUAUAAGGAUUUCCCCUCUCCUUCAGUGUGUGUCCAAGGUGAAUCCUGCAACAGAGUGACGUACACUGACAGAAGCAUCUGUGCCUCUAAAGGCUCUUCAGUGGACAUUUCUUGCUUGUACAACAGCUACAAUUAUCCUGACAAAUCAACAUUCUGGUUCAGUCGUGAGCGUAAUCAUGGAGGGCAGAAUCCUUCCCAGCCUGAAGACCUUAGUACAGACUCCCAGUAUACAGGUCGUGUUCAUGUAGAAACAGAGAGAGGACGCUCCACUCUGAGAAUCUCUGACCUGAGAGAGAGAGACUCAGCUGAGUAUCACUUCAAGUUCAUAACACCAAGAUUUGAAUGGAGGAGUUUACCUGGAACAACUCUGACUGUCACAGCUCUGCAGGUGCAGGUGAUCAGAGUCUAUCAGUCUUCUACCGAGGCAGAGCUGAAGUGUCACAGCAGCUGCAGUCCAGCUGGUGGUCUCUCCUACGUCUGGUUCAAGAACAGAGAACACAUUACCUCGGUGGAGACAUCUACUUAUACAACCUGGUUUUAUCCCACAGACGUCUUCUCCUGUGGGUUGAAAGGACAUGAGAAGUUCCCCUCUCCUUCAGUGUUGAUACAGGGUCAGUAUGGCUGGGGAGUGACUUACACCUCUACUCCGAUCUGUGCUGUUAAAGGAUCAACAGUGGAAAUACACUGCAGCUACACAUACCCAUCCUGGUGGAAAGGCAGUUAUACUAGAGUUCAGAGAACAUUAUGGUUUACUAAAAUGAAUAAUAAUGAACCUUUAGAUCUGACAACAGACUCAGAAUAUUCAGGUCAUGUGCAGUACAGUUCUAAUAACAAGGACUGCACUCUGAGAAUCUCAGACCUGAGAGAGAGAGACUCAGCUGUGUACAAGUUCAGGUUCAUAACAAACCAAGAAGGUGGAAGAUAUACCGGUUCACAUGGAGUCACUUUGUCUGUCACAGGUCUCCAGGUGCAGAUACGUGGAUCAAGAUCAUGCUUUUCUAAAACCUGUACAUGGGCAGAGUUGAAGUGUCACAGCAGUUGUAGCCUACCUGGUCGUUCUUCCUACCUCUGGUACAAGAAUGGAGAGAAAAUAAAUAAAGAAACAUCUUCUUAUUCAGACUACUUUUAUCCUCCUGACAGCUAUUCCUGCGCCCUUAAUGCAUAUAAGGAUCCCCCCUCUCCUUCAGUGUGUGGCCAUGGACAUUCAUGCAACACAGUGAUGUACACUGACAGAAGCGUCUGCGCCUUCAAAGGUUCUUCAGUGGACAUUUCUUGCAUGUACAGCAGUUAUGAAUCUAUCACAUCUAAAUUUUGGUUCAGUCCUGAACGUAGUCGUCGUUGGCAGAAUCCUUCCCAGCCUGAAGACCUUAGUACAGACUCCCAGUAUACAGGUCGUGUUCAUGUUGAAACAGAGAGAGGACGCUCCACUCUGAGAAUCUCUGACCUGAGAGAGAGCGACUCAGCUGAGUAUCACUUCAAAUUCAAGACACCAAACUUUGAAUGGAGGAGUAGUUUACCUGGAACAACUCUGACUGUCACAGAUCAAGAUCUGCAGGUGCAGGUGAUCUGGUCUUCGACUGGUCCAAAGCUGAUUUGUCACAGCAGCUGUCUUACUGACCGCUCUUCCUUCCUUUGGUACAAGAAUGGAACAAUGAUUCAGGGAGAAAGAUCUCCUUCUUACGGAGGUCAGGUUGAUCCUGCAGACAGCUAUUCCUGUUCUUACCAGAAAUACCGCUCUACUCCAGUGUAUGCUCCGAAACCUUUCUCUGUGUCGAGGACUCCCCCUGGUGACAUUAUGAAGAAUGAUUCAGUGACUCUGACCUGUAGCAGUGAUGCUAACCCAGAAGCUAAAUACACCUGGUACAAGGGGAACCAAAAACUGCUCAUUGAAGAACCACAGCUCGUCUUCAGCUCCAUCCAGCCCUCUGACUCUGGACAGUAUUACUGUUCAGCUCAGAAUGAGCUCGGGAGGAGGACAUCUGAAGCUGUAUUCAUUAAUGUGAAUUAUGCUCCAAUGCUUCCCUCUGUGUCAGUGAGUCCCUCUGCUGAGAUAGUGGAGGGCAGUUCAGUGACUCUGACCUGUAGCAGUGAUGCUAACCCAGCAGCUAACUACACCUGGUACAAGGAGAAUGAAGACUCACCAAAAGCAUCAGGACAGAUCUUCACCAUCACUGACUUCAGAGCUGAACACAGUGGGAAAUAUUACUGUGAAGCCCAGAACAGAAGAGGACGUCAGAACUCCACCUUACAUCUGAUUGUUGUAGCAGGUGCAUGGAAAUCAGCAGCUACAGGAACAAUCACUGCUGUUCUCCUGGUUAUCCUACUCCUCGCCGCCUUCCUGUGGAUCAGAAGAAAAAAGAAGUCUGUCACGCAACAGUCUAAAGGUGGAGAGAGACUUGACAACAGAGCACAGAUAAACAUGGGUACAGCUGCAACACAGAGACAACCAACAGAACAGGAAGAUGACCUUAACUACUCCAUCAUCAGCUUCCCUCAGAACCAGGAAGACGCUCUCUACUCCAACAUCAGGCCCCCUCAGCCCCGCAGGCACACAGAGGAGCAGGACGAUGGUGUUGAUUACACCACUGUCAAAACUGAGAAUGCCAGUAGCGCCCCAGGAACAAGACGUCAAGACGAUUUUGCACUGUACAGCACGGUCAACAAAACUCAACAUUGAUCUGUGGUCUGUUAUUUAUUAUUUUUGCACUUUGUUUAAGCAGGUAGCCAUGGUUAGAAAUAUUGUGCAUUCCUCAGGACAGACAUGGCCAUGUGCAGCAUAAGGCUAUAGAAAAACAUAUGUGGGUUGUGUAAAAAUUGGUUUAUUUGCUCAUUGUUCUUUUAAGGGUUGGUUAACCCAAAUUACAAAAACAGACAUUUUCUCACUUACCCCUGGUAUCUAACCACAGACAUUUUUUUGUACUUGCCCACCAUGGACUGUUAAUAUUAAUGGACAAAGCAUCUGGUUCAGCAAAGUGCUGCAAAUGCCGAAGUGCCUUAAACCUGCAUUCUAUCUGAAUUCCAGCAGGGGGCGACACAUGCGAUUGCAAAAGGAGUUCGGUCGACUCAACGACUCAUAGCAGAUCUCCACAAACCAAUGGGUGACGUCACACAUGCUCUGUCCAUUAAUAUUAAAGGUCCCAUGGCAUGAAAACUUC